GGACCCCUAAUACAUUUUUGCAACAAUUUACGAGGGAAACGUCAGCGGUAUCCGGGCAAAAUCCGGAAAUUCCAAGUUGCGUUGGAAAGUUCAUGUCAACUUCAGUUAGCUGUCGAAGGUACCGUUUCUCAAAUAAUAAUAAAAAAAAUAAUGGAAAAGAAGGCGGCAUUUGACUAUUGUCCCGGACAAGAGAUUGAUUUUAACGAGGUGAUGCCGUAUUUGUUGGACAUUACGCCGGACGAGCUAGAGAGAUGUCAGAUAAAACCCUCGGAUUUAUUUCGCGAAUUACGGCUGACUACGGAAGAGAGACUCGGUAAAUUAAAAGAUCCAUCGAGACGAUAUAAAUUGACCACGGCAACUGCACUUCAGGUAUCGCCUGAAGCAAUAGUUUUCCAAAAUUUCGAAAAGGAGGUGAUUUACGAGGCCACCAUAUCCGUCAUUAACCGAAGCUCGAUGCCCCAGAAUGUAAAAGUCGAUUUUGAAAAUUCUGCGCAUUUGUCCAUGAAGAACGGCAGUUUUACGUGGAGAUCGAUGCCCGGAUUGAAACGUCUUCUCAGAAUAAAAUUUUCCCCUUCAGACGAAAAGCGAGACUAUCGCAACAAAAUCACAGUUGCGACGGAAACGGAAAACAUCACCGUUCCCAUAUUCGGUAUCGGGGCCAAGCCGAUCAUCAACUUACCGGACAAGGUCGUUUUGCAAGGGACCGUCGUAAACCUAGCGUCGGAAACGCAUUUGUUCCUGAAAAACUCCAGCGAUGUGCCGGCAUCCUGCACUUUUUCUAUACAGGGGCCUUUCCGGGUCAAUGUGAGAAAAAUAGCGUUGGAACCACUAGGCACCGGCGAAAUUAUCAUUCAGUGCGUCGGUACUGAGGUCGGCUAUUCUGUGGGUCGCGUCGAAACGCUGCUGUGCAACGAUCAGAUCCGCUUAACCACCGUGCUGGAAUGCGAGGUGAAAACCGCCAGCAUUUUUCUGGAAAAGAACUGGAUGACGUUCGGUGACGUUUACGCGGGCCUGACGAGCCAACGGAGCUUGAUGCUUUGCAACCGGAGCACCUACGCGUUGGAUUUUUGCUGGAAAUCGCACAGUUUUGCGGCGGAGGACCGUUUGAAACGGAAACUGCUGAAGCUGUCUCGGGAAAUGAGCGAAUACGAGAAAGUACGGUGCCAGAAGUUGGAAUAUUUGGGCGUCGUGGACCAGGGCGCGCACUCCAAAAUCUAUGAGCGCAUCUACGAGGCUCAAAAGGGCCGAUUAUUGGAAUCUCACGCGGGAUUCGCGUUCGAAAACGGGCAUUUUAAAAUAGUUCCCACGACGGGGACAAUCAUGCCGGAUUCGACGCGGGAAUUCAUAUUGCACUUUUCGCCCGUCAAAAGUACGACGUACGAAUGCACGGCGCACCUGGACAUCGUCGGCGUUGCCGAAAGAAUAAGAUUUACCAUGCGGGGCCGCGGAAUGGGACCCCGAUUGAUCAUCAACGUGAAAAAUUUAAACGUUAAUACUAUUUACGUGAGCGAUCGCCAUCGCUACGAACUGGUCGUCAAAAAUAUCGGCGACAUUCCCGGUACAGUAAAGUAUCGGUCCAAGAUGACCGACCGCGGCGCCGACAUUUCCUGCGUCCCCGAUACAUUAAAAGUGGACCCGAAUUUGUCUAAAGCGUUCGUCGUGACGUUAUGCUCGAACGUCCAGGGCACCUUUAUGGAACCGCUGCACUUCGAAAUCGACGAAUCGAAAGAAAUUCUAAGAUGCAUCGUCACGGGCAACGUGCUAUGUCCGCUGUUGGAAUGCGUCCCGAAUGCCGUGAACUUCGGCACAGUCUCCGUCGGGUUCGAACAUCAAGCGGGAUUCGCAUUGCUUAACGAUUCUCUCGUCGAUAUCGAAUUCGAAGUGGUGCACGAAUCUGAUUCGGCGGGUGGCAGAGUGACGCUUCGCGUCGAGCCCAGUUCUGGCAGUGUCAGUGCGCGAUCGCAAAAGAACGUCAAGAGAGAAGACGGGAGAACAAUCCGCUGCGUUCAUACGGAACGUGAAUUUCUAAUACCCCCCAGCGGCGCCGUCGAAAUCGAACUGCUGAUCAAAACCAUUUCGUUGGGGCCGCAAGAAUUGCCGCUGAGUUUUGAACUCGGAGAAGGAUUGACGCAGGAAUUGUGCCGGAUAUACUGUAACGGCCAGGGACCAGUCAUUUCUUACUCCCCGGACGAAAUCAAUUUCAAAAGAGUAAACGUUUUGAAUCGAUACGACGCGACGCUGACCCUCGCCAACGAUUCUCCUAUCCCGGCCGACGUUAAACUGUAUUUCAAAGACGAAAACGUCUUUAGUGUCGACGAGGAAUCGUUGCGAUUGGAAGGCCAAGAAACCAGAAGUGUGCGAGUUUCGGCGUAUUUCACCAAUCCCGGUAAGGCGAGAGAGACGCUUUUCGUCGACAUUUCGGACGGGGACACCUUGUCCGUGAUGGUGUCGGCGGACGCCGUCGGUUCGUCCAUUUACGUCGAACCGUUGAUCACGCCUCGAUGCGAUCUGGGCAAACUGCUCACGUGCAAAGAGUUUUCGCUCGAUCUGGUGUUUGCGAAUAAGGGAGAUUUUUCUCAUAAAAUUCUCUGCUCGAAGAGGAAAACCGUGAAGAACCUUAAAGCGGAAGACGAAGAGGAUUCCGAGGGUGUUUUUAAAAUGGAACCCAGCCAUUUCGAAUUAUGCGAGAAGGGACGCAAGAAGGUCUCAAUUAAAGGGUACUCGAGGAGGCCUAAGAUUGUGGAACAGACGUUUUACUGUCACGCCCUCGUCGGCCAAUCGGCCGUCCCUCAGACCAUAUUGUGUUUUGCGGUCGCAGCCGAAUUCGUAGAUCCGACCCUCGAAUUUAGCAAACGGGACUUGUAUUUCGAGAUGCAGAUGUUGGAGGCUGCGCCCGCUAAGGCACCCAGCGACACGUUGUGCAUGAGCAAUACCACGGGGGUGAACUUGCAAGUGUCGUUAACGGUAGACGACAGGUUCAAGAUAGUCGAAAAUAAGGAAAAGAAGCAGAAAAUGGUUCGACACAUCGACGCGGGAGAAAAUUUUAUCGCCCGCUUGCAGUACCAUCCGAAAAUAAAGCACAAACGGAAAUAUAAAGAGUGCGGCGUGUUGCAAUUGAAAUACGAAGAUCAUCCGAAGACCGAUAUCAUUCCCUUGCACGGCGCAAUCAUUUUCCCCACCGUUAAAAUGUACCCCAAUCGGGUGAACUUUUCGGGCGUCCCUAACGGCUCCGCCCCCUACAAAACCGUCAUCGUUCGGAACGUCAGUUCCCUAGAAGUGUCGUACAAAUGGAAAUGGUUGGGGGGCAGUUUCGCGGUGCGACCCACGCCUUCAGCUUGUACGGAGGCUGGCGGCUUAGUAGAACCGGAAGAGUUCAACCGCGACGGCCGAUCCGACGUGGAAGAAAUGAAGAAUGUUUUAUUUGCCGCAUUGAAGCAGUUUUCCGACUUUAAAUCGCGCGCCGAAGAUAUUUUGCUCGUAAAAGGAAACGCGAAAGUCGAUACAACGGAUCCGUUUUAUCUGGUGCCCUGCGAGGGGGUCAUAAAACCCAACGGAUACGCGGUGAUAACGGUGGCGUUUGAUCCUCCGCAUAACGCGGAAGUGUGCGCGACGCUGGCGUGCACGGUACGCGGGGGGGAGGAAGAACUUUUGCACCUCACGGGCACGUCCGCCAAGCAAAGUUACAAACUGAAUACGGAUCACGUGCGUUUCUCGAACACGUUAUUCUGCGAAGUCUGCUCGGGCGAACUGGUUUUGAGUAACGACGGCUUGUGCAACUUCAGUUUUAACGUGUGUUGCGACGACAUUUCCGUUGAUGAGCCGGGCAUCGGGACGCUCGACGUACAUCCAAAAACGGGACUCGUCGCCCCUAGCGAAAGUGUCUCGUUAACUGUUCGCUACUUUCCGGGGAUUCCCGGUGAAUUUAGCAAGACGUUUGUUGUCGAGAUCGGAUACCUGGAUCCGUCGGAAAUAUUGGUGAGCGGAUACGCCACACCCAGUCAAGUUUAUUUAUCCGUUCCGAGGUGCGACGCAAACGAAAUAGACGUUUGCGACGCCUACAAGGCGAUAUCCUGGAUAACUCCAGAGUAUCUGGGUUGUUUGGGAAAGCGGCCCGACGACGGCGUCCCAGAUGACCACCGACCAGCAAUUUGGGAGGAUAGCGAUUGGGAAUACCUAACACACGAUGAACUCUACCCAGACCCGGUAGACAUUGACAUGUCCAUAGAAAGGGUUUUGGCGUGUAAGCACAUCACGGCAAACAAGAACGUCCUACGCGAGCAUUGCGUAUCGAAAAAGUCUUUUCAUAUUCCCAAGUUCCACGUGCAUCCGUACGUCAUCGAUUUCGGUGACGUAGUUAGGGACGUGACGGUUUGUUAUUCUGUGCUGAUACACAACUACGGCCCGGUUAAGACCGAAGUGAAACUGGUCGAACGGGAACGGUCCUUAUUGGAAUCGAAGGGGUUUCGGGUGGAAUUCUCGAAACGUUUGUUUGCACCCGAAGAGUCAGCCGCAAUUUACAUAUAUUUUUCCCCCUCCGGAUAUCCGAACGAUAUUCAUCGCGUGAACGAAGUGGCCCACUUGCGCGUUAAGCACGGCGCAAUUGUGUCCCUUAAAAAUAACGAUUAUGGCGACGACGACUAUGACUAUGAAGUGUUGGUGUGUAGUGCUGCUGAUUUAACACGUGUUAAUAAAGAGGAAACGUGUUUGUACUCUAGGACCUACUAUAUUAGAAAUUAUCAAAAGGUUUUGGAAUUAGCAGAACCAAUUCGAAUAUUUGAGGAUAAUGAAGGUGUCCAAUACCAAAGAAUUUCAAGACUAAGGAAUUAUGGAGGGAACUUAUUCUUAAAAUAUUUUCGAGACCUACAAUUGUGAACUUAUUUAUCCAUCGAGACAUUUGACAUGUUUAGAAGAGGAUCUGCCACACCUGGAAGUCGAUAUUGCAGAUGAGGUUGGAAAUGAGGAAAGGAAUCAAAUAGCAAAUAUGCUCUUAUAACAAAUAAAAAUAUAUUUUCGAAUUA